UCUUGCGAAACUUUGAAUUUUCCAGCAAAAUUUGUUUACAACAACAACAGAUGACAACCAUGCAGUUUUAUAAAGCAUCAUCUUCCAUAAAAUUGACAGAGAUCAUUUACAAAAGAUUUUUGCAAGUCACUUGCAUUCGCAAUCAUUAUAGUAAAAAGAUUUCCGUGGGUGAUCAUAAUAACAGAAUCAUACCUUAUGAAGCAAGACGAAAUGCUGUAACAGUUCCUGCAAAAAAACAAGGGCGUCUAAAUAAUGCAGCUGAUUAUGUUGUAGCAAAGAUUGAUGAUUUAGUUAACUGGGGAAGAAGAAGCUCAAUGUGGCCAAUGACUUUUGGAUUGGCAUGUUGUGCUGUUGAAAUGAUGCAUUUUGCUGGGCCCAGAUAUGAUAUGGACAGAUUUGGUGUAGUUUUCAGAGCCAGCCCUCGUCAAGCUGAUGUGAUGAUUGUUGCAGGAACAUUGACGAAUAAAAUGGCCCCUGCACUGCGAAAGGUCUAUGAUCAAAUGCCAGAACCUCGCUGGGUACUCUCAAUGGGAAGCUGUGCAAAUGGUGGUGGUUAUUAUCAUUACUCAUAUUCAGUUGUGAGAGGCUGUGAUCGUAUUGUUCCAGUUGAUAUCUAUGUUCCUGGAUGUCCACCAUCUGCUGAAGCCCUCCUGUAUGGCAUACUUCAGCUCCAGAAGAAAGUUCGAAGACAAAAACCAAUUGCCAUGUGGUACAGAAAAUAAACUUACACUGUUGUAUUUAUCUUAUGUAACUUUUGUCAACUGGAAAACAUCUUGUAUUAAUCUUAAAGUAUAUUGAAAUACAUCAUCAGUAUUGUAAUAAUAA